CAAAUUUUGCACAAAAUGAGAUUCUUAAGAUGAUUCAAGUUUUAUCUUGAAAUAAUUUUGCAACUAGCGCUCGUUGUAAAUAUUUUACUAAACACAUUGUUACUCUUUUUCAUCUUCAAUAUUUAUAUUCACAAUGUUUAUCUUGCGCUCCAAGUUGUUCAAUUAUGCUUCCGCUGGUCAACGUCUAGUUGGUUAUGUUUCAUUAGCCAACAUCAAUUUGGUACAAAAUAUUCAAUUGACCGACAUUUCUGAUACAAAUUUUCAUACGAUCGCAGCCGUACAAGAUUUAACUACAAGCAAGCCUAACUUAUCUUGGUUUAAUCGCUACUUCUCUAAAUCAACCGAGGCAGUGGAUCUUCUUGGGCCUGAGGAAAGAAUCACCGUUCAUGAUUAUAAGCAGAUUCUGGAUUCUGGUGUUAAACAUUUGCUGAUUGAUGUUCGGCCACCGGAAUAUUUUUCUUCAUUCAACAUAGAAACAUCCGUCAAUUUACCAUUGAAACAGUUGUUGAGUGAAACUGGAUUGCAACAAUUUAUUGGACUAUCAAAGGAAAUGAACAAUCAUGGACCGGUAUAUGUAAUGUGUGCAAAAGGUAUAUCAUCACAAAUUGCUGUUAAAUACUUGAAAGAUAAACUUCCACCUCAAAAUUUGGUCAUUAAAGAUGUCAUUGGUGGAAUCACAGCUUGGCGUGAAGAAAUUGACAAAACAAGCUAGUCACAAUCUCGAUUGAGAAAUGACCAAUUGUUGAAAUUUGAUGUUGAUCCAAAAUAGUUUUAUUAGUUGAAUCAAAUAACCAAUAAUGUAUAAAUCAGCUUAAUAAUAUAGAAAUGUAAUUUAAUCUGAAAUUGUUUGAAAAGACCGCGUUAGAGGUUCAAGUUAUUCUCACAUAAACUUUUUAUUCUCAAGGCAUCUAUUUAGCGAGCAGUCCAUUGAAGAAUAGACUCGUUAAUAAACAAAGUCUUUCUCUCUUUCCUUUCACUAAUUUAA